AAUUUAAAAAUAUAUAACUAAAUACCAUGUCGACAACAUGACGGAUUCAGAUGAUGAUUUAACACUUCUAUUGGAUAAUGCCACAACAAAAGCCGAUACUUCCGAUAGCACGGCACCCCACAAGAACAACAAUAAUAGUAACAACAAAAAGAAAAAACGCACUAAACUGUGCGAGGACAUUAAUCGCAAUGUGGUGCAGGAGCGACGUGUGUCCUUUAGUAGGACCAACCCCUUUAAAAUGCGUUAUUUGUGGAAACGUAAACCCCUCAUCUACCUGAUAGCAAUAUUUUUGUUAAUAUUUUUAGUUAAUUUAACCAUAAAUCGUGAUGUCGAUGGCGGCGAAGAUGACAGUUUAUAUUUUAUAAGCAAUUUACACUCGCAUGUACCGGGCAUGAAAGGUUAUUUAGUUUGGAGUGAAUAUUGCAAAAUGCCCAAUCUAGAUCCCUACUUGCCGGAGGUUAUGAAAAAUUUUCGUCGCGAAAAAUAUAAACCCUGCAAGCUGGUGCCACCUUUGACUCGUGUGGAAUUCAGCAAGGCAACGAAACGUUAUACACUUUCUGUGGAUCAGGAAGUGGUAGCGGCGUAUAGUAAAACGGGCAAACUGGAUUGCUGCUAUCAGUCGAUAGUGCGCAAUGGCACGGCAGAGAAAGUCGACAGAGAUGUUAGCCUUUCCGAGUGCAUGAGUUUUAUUGAUAAAACAUCUUUAGCUCCUACAAUUGAGAAUAUAUUGGUUCGCUGUCGUGCCAAUAAUCGCCAGGUGUACAUCAAUGGUUAUCCUUUAAUGCCAGAGCGUACAGAAAUCCGUCAACGUUUGGACACAUGGAAGAAAUAUGAUGCUAAAUUGAAGCGGAAAGAGAAAGCGCCCAGUGUCUUAAUGCUGGGCAUAGACAGUAUAUCGAGAGUGAAUCUGGUGAGAGCCAUGCCAAAAACAGCCCAGUAUUUGUAUGAUAAUGAGUGGUUUGAAAUGAGUGGAUUUAAUAAGAUUGACGACAAUACAUUCCCCAAUUUAAUGGCCGUCCUAACAGGUAUGAACCGCACCGCUGUAAUGGAUAAAUGUUCACCCUACAAACUAAAUGCUUUGGAUAAUUGUGAAUUUAUAUGGAAAACAUUUCGUGAUCAUGGCUAUGUAACAGCCUAUGCCGAAGAUGAGGCCAGCAUUAAUACGUUUAAUUAUUUAAAAGUGGGCUUUACACAACCACCCGUCGAUUAUUAUUUAAGACCCUUCCUACUGGGGGCCGAGAAACAUUUGGAGACAAAAUUGAAAUCCAGCUUAAUCGAUUGUUUGGGCUAUAAACAUUCGGCCGAUUUUGUUUUUGACUAUGCUGUCGAAUUGGCCAAGAGAUAUAAAAAUGAUGCCUAUUUCGGUUUGUUUUGGGCCAAUACAUUUAGUCACAACGACAUCAGCGAUUGUUCGGCCAUGGAUGAGCAUGUAAUGGAGUAUUUAAAGAAGUUCAAACAGAUGGGUACAUUGGAGAAUACUAUAGUGGUGUUUUUUAGUGAUCAUGGCAUGCGUUUUGGACCCAUACGGAAAACCUAUUCGGGUCAUUUGGAGGAAAGAUUACCGUUUGUGUUCUUAUGGUUGCCGCCCAAUCUUAAGCAGAAUUAUCCCAGUUUUGUUAAUGCCUUAAAUGUUAAUAAGAAUCGUUUAACGAAUCCCUAUGACACGCACAUGACUUUGAAACAUAUUUUGCGAUUAACGGGCAGGGUAAAAAAUGACAGCCUUUUAAGCAAUGCCGAUGCCUGUCCCAAAUGCCAGUCUUUAUUGGAGCCAGUACCACAAAACCGUUCCUGCCUAGAUGCUGCCAUAGAGCCGCAUUGGUGCACUUGUUUGUUGUACGAAAGUAUUUACAAGAAUUCCAAAACUGUUGUCAAUUUGACACAUCUGCUCAUUGAUUAUAUCAAUGAUUAUGUUGCCAACUUUCACAAUCGAUCACUGGCCAAACUGUGUGUUCCCUUGUCUUACGACAGUGUGGAGAGCGCCUAUCGCACCACCCAGCUGCAACUGAAUGAUGAUGGUAAAAGUACUACCACCAUUAAUAUUUAUCGCGUCACUUUCUAUACAAAACCCAAUAAGGGUCUUUUUGAGGCCACCGCCAUUUAUGAUCCAUUGGAGAAUUAUCUUAAAGUUACGGGCGAAAUAAGCCGUCUUAAUACCUAUAGCUCAGAUUCGGAUUGUGUUUCCGAUGGUGGAGCUAAAAAGUAUUGUUCGUGUCGUAAGAAAAUUUUCUAGCAUAAAUCACCGGUCGUACAUAAAGUAGUUGUAAAAUUAGCUAAUACCUCCUCCUCCUCAUCGCACAGACUGAGCACAAAAACUCGUUUAGGCAGUUUUCGUCCCAAAACAAUAUUGAGAACUUAAGUUUUCAAGGAUUUCUUCAAUGGAAAACUUUUGUUUGCUACUUCUGUAGUGCCUUUGGAAGUGUAAAACGCUGAGGUCAAGACAACAUAUUGUAUAUUUAAAAGGAGUAAUAGUUUCGUUUUAGAAAGAAAAAAAAACUGAUUUACAAACCCAUUAAAAUCUACGAGUCUCUCUAUAUAGUGAAGUUUUAAAUUAAGAUUUUUCUGAUUUUAAGUAUGUAUUAAAAUUUAAAUUGUAAAAACCUGCUGGCCUAGGGUUUUUCAAACAACCAGAAGAAAUAUUAUUAUAUUUGUAUUAUAUAUGUAUGAUUUAGGAGAAUUUUUCAACUGGCAAUUGUCGGCAUUAUAUUAAUAAUUUUAUUUCGAAUAAGAAAAUUAAUCUCAAAAUUACGCCCUUGGCAUAAAACUUGUAAAA